UAGUUGCAGAGACUCUCACACAAACAACACACCGAAACCAAAAAAAAGAAGUAGUUAAAGACAGAGAGAGAGAGAGAGAGAGAGAGAAACACUAUAAUCGUUCUUCAGAUUUAUUUUCGAUACUCCCAAUAAUAAUAUUGUUCAUUUUUAUUUUUCUCGAAGAUUCUUGAAAAAGAUGAAUUCAGAAUCGUUAGAAAACCUCCACCGUCCACUGAUCGAAUCAUCGAAAUCGUUCGUUGAUUAUCGUCUCGAGACUGUGUUGACGGAUCGAGAGUUACCGUAUUUUCGAAGGAUUUAUCUGGCGAUGAUGAUCGAGAUGAAGUUUCUCUUACAUUUGGCUGCUCCGGCGAUCUUUGUUUACGUUAUCAACAACGGUAUGUCGAUUCUCACACGUAUCUUCGCCGGUCACGUUGGUAGCUUCGAACUCGCCGCCGCUUCGCUUGGUAACAGCGGAUUCAAUAUGUUUACGUAUGGUCUUUUGCUUGGAAUGGGAAGUGCAGUAGAGACGUUAUGUGGUCAAGCACAUGGAGCACAUAGAUACGAAAUGCUUGGAGUUUACCUUCAAAGGUCAACGUUGGUUCUAAUCAUAACAUGUCUACCAAUGUCAUUUCUGUUCCUCUUCUCGAAUCCAAUCCUCACUUCACUCGGAGAGCCGGAACAAGUCGCAACAUUAGCUUCAGUGUUCGUAUACGGUAUGAUCCCAGUGAUCUUUGCUUACGCGGUUAAUUUCCCGAUCCAGAAGUUUCUCCAAGCGCAGAGUAUCGUCACUCCAAGCGCUUACAUCUCAGCCGCAACGCUCGUGAUCCAUCUCCUUCUCUCGUGGAUAGCUGUGUACCGUCUUGGUUACGGUCUCUUGGCUUUGUCCUUGAUUCAUAGCUUCUCGUGGUGGAUCAUUGUGGUGGCUCAGAUUGUUUAUAUUAAGAUGAGUCCGAGGUGUCGUCGGACUUGGGAAGGUUUUAGUUGGAAAGCUUUUGAAGGUCUUUGGGAUUUUUUCCGGUUAUCGGCAGCUUCUGCGGUCAUGCUUUGUCUUGAAUCUUGGUACUCACAGAUUCUUGUUUUGCUCGCCGGACUUCUCAAGGACCCUGAGCUUGCUUUGGAUUCUCUAGCUAUCUGCAUGUCAAUUUCUGCGAUCUCGUUCAUGGUCUCCGUUGGAUUCAAUGCAGCUGCAAGUGUGAGAGUAAGCAAUGAAUUAGGAGCUGGAAACCCGAGAGCAGCCGCGUUUUCCACAGUUGUUACGACGGGAGUAUCUUUCUUACUAGCGAUAUUCGAAGCCAUCGUGGUCUUAUCGUGGCGAAAUGUCAUCAGCUAUGCGUUUACUGAUAGUCCCGCGGUGGCCGAGGCUGUUGCCGAUUUAUCUCCCUUUCUAGCCAUCACAAUUGUCCUCAACGGGAUUCAGCCUGUUUUGUCAGGUGUUGCGGUUGGAUGUGGAUGGCAAGCAUUUGUGGCGUACGUUAACAUUGGAUGUUACUACGUUGUGGGGAUACCAAUUGGCUUCGUUCUUGGGUUCACUUAUGAUAUGGGAGCUAAGGGUAUAUGGACAGGGAUGAUUGGUGGUACAUUAAUGCAGACGAUAAUCUUAGUUAUUGUCACUUUCCGAACGGACUGGGACAAAGAGGUUGCGAAAGCUUCGAGUAGACUGGACCAGUGGGAAGAGAGCCGUGAGCCACUUUUGAAGCAAUAAAUUAAAAAAAAAAAAAUGAUUUUAUUUGUUGUAUUUUUUUCUGGGAGUUUGAGGUCAAAAUGAAAUCACAAAUUUUCUUUUCCCCCAAAAUUUGGCGAUAGAGGAACACAUGAAAGAUGCAAAUUCAAUUGUUGAACUCUCGUUUUUCAAUCGAAAAAUGUAAGUCGCUUUGUUGAUUAUAUAAUAUGAUUCGAAAAAUUUGAGGUUUUGCGAGUGUUGUUGUUGUGUGGAGUUAAAAAGUGAAAAAAUUUGGAGUGGUUUUUGUUUGAAGGGUGGGAUUUAGAUAAGAAAGCAAAGUUUGUAAUUCAGUGUAAGAGUUGAAUAUAUUUUAUAGCAAAGAGAUUGAGUUCUUAAUU